CAUUAUUUUGGAAUUGCGAUCAGCAACCAUCUGUUGCACAAAAAGCGCCAACAGGUUCGAGCCGGUUUGACAGGGAUAGCAAGGACUGAUCCAUGGUCAGCCAGGAUGGCCUACGAGCGACGCCUCCGAUCGCAGAACCUCGUGCAUCUGCUCCAGAACCGCGAGUCCGGAUACACCUGCGCGGGCAGUCAGCUGGGCAGGAUGCCCCGGUUGGCCUACGAACGCCCCUUCUACAAGUGCAUCACGCCCUGCUUGACCAUUGACUCGAUCUCGAUUCCGCCGGUAUACCUGCGCAAGUUCACGCCGGAUGGCAGCAAACUGCUGGCCUUCUCGCAGGAUCAGCGCAGCCUGCACAUCUACCGCUACAGGGGAUUCAGCAGUGCGGCGGUGGGCGAACUGAUCCGCCAGGCGGACGUGGGCAGUGGCGAGUGCUUCAGCAGCCAGGACAGCGCCCUCAAGAGCACGAUCUUUGAACGCCUGUUCGCCACCAAGGAGGCACUGAGUCUGCGACUGUGCCAAGGCGACUACAGCCUCUACUAUCUGCACCGGGAGUUUAGUGUGUUCCUGGAGGAGGGCCGGUAUGUCCUGCUGGCAGCCAUGUCCGUGCUGCGUAGUGCUCUGCCCUUCGACGACUACGUCCGGUAUCCAGAUCUCUUCGACAAACUGGACGCCUUCUCCUAUGUGUUCUUCGUCGUGGAUCUGAAACUGGGCGUGGUAACCGACAGGCUCCUCCUGGCGCACGACUCCAUCGUGAUUGCCCACAAUCAUGGCAUUUCAGUCUUUGGCUCCAAGGUGGCGAUCAUGUCGCGGCUGCAUCAGUGCAUCUACGUCUACUCUGUGGCAGAGGGCAAGUUCCACAAGCAGGAAACGAUUGGCCCCCGACCGCGAAACUUUAUCGAGAAGGCUCCCACCAGUAUUGAAAACCUGGAUGCGACCACGGUUCUGCCCAUUACGCACAUUAAACAGCGCGUUCUUAGCUUCCUUUACCGCCAAAUUGACCUCAAUAGCCCCAGUGCCAAGGAAAAACUUAAGGAGUUUUACAAAAACUUUGAGUUUGUUGAGCACAUGAUUAUGGAGAGAAUGCAACUGGUAAACAAGGAACUUCUCCUUUUGCGCUACGAAGAACGUCCAAAAGACAGCGAUACCAUGCCAAUGGCCCAAUCACCCCGCCGCUUGUAUGUGUUCUACACGAUAUCUGCCGAGGAAGUAGUUGGUGUGUAUCCAGAUUAUUCUGUCGACCUGCUGCAAAUCAUACUGCAGUUCUACGAUGAGAUGAGCAAUGUACGAUCGCUGCAAACCGGAGACGCGCCCUCACUGCCCCUGCAUUUCUUCCUUAAACAAAACUUCGUGGACGCCAACGACUCGAUUCUCUUCGUCCGACAUGCGGCGUUGCGAUUUAACCCCAGCGUUCCCGUAAGCUCCCAGAGCCUCUCGCCAUCUCCUUAUCUGAGGUUCAACGAAUUCAGCUUCGACGAUCGGCACGUAUCGCCCCUGGAGCGACCCAAUCCCUGCUCCGCCGAACCCAUUGUCUUCCGAGAUCGGACCACACAGUCGGUCAAGUUCAGGCUGCACGCCACGGCGCGCAGGCAAAUCAACUCUUUGGCACCUCGGGAACUGUGCGCCUUUAUUUGGCAUCCGUUCGAGCCGCUAGUACUCAGCAUUCAGAAAUGCAUGAACAGCUACGCCUACCAUGUGCAUUUGUACAAUCACGGCACGGUAGUGGAGCAGGCAAGUGCCUAAUAUGCCUUAUAUAUUUAAGUAGAAUACUGUAUAGUAUCUUUUAUAUUAUAUUGAUAGUAUAUGUGAUAUGUUUACCGACAUUUGAUAAAGACAUUAAUUUGUUGUUUUUGGAAUAGA